AAUCACACAGGUCAGUACCAAUUGAUAACCAGUGACGGAAAGCCCGGCGUGUGAACAAACGACAGUAGAAAAUUCCAUUAAUGUUAUUCAAUAUUUUGAAAAAAAUUGAUUUCAACUCCAGUGCCAAAAGUAGCUUACACAUUCGACAAGGUUUGCGCUUAUACCUAGACAGGCAGUCACCGCAAGCGAGCACAUUUUAUUCAUUAGCCAAAGCAUUUACCCAUCUCUCAACCAUGGUGAAGCAGGGUCCACGUCCACUGGUAAUUUGCGGCCCGUCGGGCUCCGGGAAGAGUACACUGCUAAAGAAGCUGUUCAAAGAAUUUCCCGACACUUUUGGCUUCAGUGUAUCGCACACGACCAGAAAACCGCGCCCAGGCGAGGUAAAUGCGGUCCACUACCAUUUUGUUUCGGUGGAGGAAAUGCAGGCUGCCAUCGAGAACGGAGAAUUCAUCGAAACGGCCGUUUUCAGUGGAAAUAUGUAUGGCACAAGCAAAAAAGCAGUUGAAAAUGUGCAACAGCAUGGCAAAGUGUGUGUCCUGGAUAUCGAAAUUGAGGGCGUGAAACAGGUUCGCCAUUCGGAUAGACUAAAUCCACUAUUGGUUUUCAUCAAUCCGCCCUCAAUUGCUGAGCUUGAGCGUAGACUGCGCGGACGACAGACUGAGACCGAGGAGAGCUUACAGAAGAGACUCAACACGGCCAAGAUUGAGAUGGAAUAUGGUAACACCCCGGGCAACUUUGACUUCGUCGUCCACAACAUCAACCUGAAGGAGGCUUACGCCGAGCUGCGGGACUUCAUCGUGCGCGAGCUGGAAACACAGCAAAACCAAGGUAUCAACGUUUGUCUAAAUCGUGUGAUCCUGAAUGAAGACUAAACCUCCUGUUUGAACCUGUUUUGUCGUAAUUGAGUCACUCUUAACAAACCGGUCGGCUAUCCGCAGACGGUGCAAAUGAAGGCCAGAGAAUGUGCCUCAUCCCGGCGGUAUCGAAACUAAUCCUGUAUUCCGCGUUCCAAUUGCGAAUCUAACCGGACUUAUACGAAACACACUAACCUCAGCCCUUUGUUCAGUUUCUACGAACAACAAAGCAUUUUUUUUAUAAGUUUCACCUAAAAUAUCCACUUCGAUCGUAUUAGAGAAAAAAAAGUGUCGAAAUUCAGCUCUCAUUCGUAGAACCAUUCUUGAUAUGGUGCUAAUUUAGUUGGAAACCUGAAGUAGAAUAGUGUGUCCUUUUUUGUACAACUUACAAGUCUUAUAGCAUUAGACAACGUUCGUAUUUAAACGAUAACGUUCCUUUCUUUACACACAUGAAAGUACAUUCCACCUGUUACAGAUUCUGUUUAUAAAUUAUCUAACAAACACGAAACGUGUUACGAAGUUUUAACCGAGAGUUUAACCAAUGCAACACAUGUUAAGAUAACACCAAACGAUAAAACACGCCUCCCGAAAUCAUUCCAGAAUAAUAAGCUUUAAUUUGCAUGACUCAGUGAGCAUUUUUUCUAUGCAUUAAGUUUGUUUUUGAUUUAUCUAUUUUUUCAGUUCUUCUAUCUUACAAUCAUAAUUAUUCUUUUCUUUUUUUUUGUUAACUGCUACAGAGAACUUCUUCAUAUCAUCGAUAGUCAAAGGAUACAAAAAUUAUGAAGAUUAAACUGGUCUUUUAUGUUCGUAUAGCAAUAACACCAAUAAUGCUUUUUGGAUGAGAAUCAAACCAGUUGUAUUCAAAUGCACAGAGAACAGUAAAAAGUAGACCGCGGAAAAGGAAAGAUUUGCAGAACCCUGCUUUUACUACAGUUUUUGAUUAUAAGUUAGCAGUUUGUUUUUGUCUCCUUUCGUUAAUGGAAAUAAACAUUACCUUCCACGUAUGAUUAUUGGUACAAAUUCAACCGAAGGGAUGGCAUAAGUAUUAGAAAUAUAACAAUUUUAUAUUGAUUCUCACAAAACAGUCGCUAAAGGUUCGUCGUUACUUGUCAAUCAUCCGCUUUAAUAUCAAUUUUGUACCAUGCUAUAUAUAGUUAAACACUGACAAAAUAAAUCUAGAAAAAGAAUUUAUAGGAUACAUUGAUACAUUAAUCUUAAGAAUGAUAGAUCAUAGGUGCUCUAUUCGUAUGUAUUGAAUGUUAGGAGACAUACUUUUGGUGGUAUUUCAAUAAAUGUGUCUAUGUGCUUUAAGAAAAUAAAA